AUGGAGUCAUCGGAAGAUAAAACAGUUACAAAACCAAAUGCUGCUCGUCUAACGCUUAUAAUGGUCGGAAUUUGUCUGGCAGUAUUUCUUACAGGCAUGGAUCAAACCAUUUUAGCUACUGCAAUACCCGUCAUCAACGUCGAGUUUGAUACAUCGCAAAACUUUGGAUGGUGGGCUAACGCCUAUCGCCAUUCCCUGAUCAUUGGCCGAGCGAUCGCUGGAUUGGUUGCCGCUGAUGUGUUCUCUGGAAUUGUCUUGAUCACCACGAAAUUAAUCCCGCUGGCCCAGCGUGCUGCCUACUUAGUGACUGUGGUUUUGUGCGGGUUUCUUAUCCACACGCCAUCAGACCCAAGCGCACAGUCUUUGAGUAUCGUGCAAAAGAUUCUACAGCUCGACAUUCCUGGAACGGUUUCUUUGGUAGUAUCUUUGAUAUGUCUCCUUACGGCUCUACAAUGGGGCGGUGCAACCUAUCCUUGGAGCAACGGUCGUGUCAUUGCCCUCUUCGUCGUAUCUGGAAUCCUAGCUAUCGCAUUCGUAGCUACUCAAACAACAAAACUUGCCGGAAACGCCCGCACAAUCCCAAGUAGCUUAGCACGCAAUCGUGAUAUCUGGCUAGCCGGUAUGUAUGCUAUGUGUAUCACGGGAGGCGUCUAUGUUGCCAUUUUAUUUCUUCCUGUGUGGUUCCAAGACGUCCGCGGUCACUCCCCUCUUUCCUCGGGUGGGUUGUUGACUCCAGUGAUUGCCGGUUACGUUGUGGCUUCGAUCUUGGCUGAAGGUAUCACCAGCGGCUUCAAGUAUUACAACCCAGCUAUGAUCAUUGGGACUGUGCUCUCAAUUGCUGGGGCUGCUUUGCUCACAACUAUCAACCUGAAUUCUUCUAUGGCACGAGUUAUUGGUUACCAGCUUGUCUACGGCUUCGGCGUUGGUUUUGGUUUUGGGCAGCCAAGCUACGUUGUGCAAACAUUGUUGCCUGCAGAAGAUGUCCCCAUCGGAGUGACCUUUAUAACACUGGUUCAGAAUCUCAGUGCUUCGGUUUUUGUGGCUGCAGCACAAAGCAUCUUCCAAGGUGAGAUGCACAAGCGUCUCGAACCACUUCUGCCGCAAUCUUCAAGCUCAUCUUCUCUAUUACUGUCUACCUUGCCUACAAUUCUAUCCUCAAUGACCGCAGAGAGCCAGGCAUUAGCGAAGAGUGCAAGUAGUGACUCCAUCAUCAAGACUUUCCAUGUGUCGCUUGCGCUAAGCUGCGUGUCUGUUGUUGGUGCUCUGGCCAUAAAGUGGGUCCCCAUGCAAGAUACUGCCAAGCAAGAUACGGCUUCUUCUGGAGAGAACGCGCAGAACCAAAAUGGGAUGGAAAUCGAAGAAUAUAAAGGGAAUGAAAUAACUACCGAGUCCAAGGAGUUGUCAUGUGCUAGUGACAAAGUGGAAGUUACGAAAUAG